UAAACAAAAGCGAAAUAUAAGAGUCUGAAGUUGAUCAACAAAAGAAAGAUUAGCUUUCACUUACAUUCAUUAAAGAAAAACCUUUUCGAUCAUUCAACAAGACUACAAAAUAUGACUUCCCCAUCAUCCACCUUCAGACCGAAGUUAAACGAUCAAGAGUAUAUGGAGCUUGUGUUUGAGAAUGGCCAGAUUCUUGCAAAGGGCCAAAGAUCCAACGUUCCUCUGCAGAAUCAACGUACCAAAUCGAUCAUGGAUUUGUAUGAGGCCGAGUAUAACGAGGACUUCAUGAAGAGUAUCAUCCAUGGUGGUGGUGGUGGUGGUGCCAACAAGAAUCUCGGAGACACACAGGUUGUUCCACAAAGUCAUGUUGUUCCUGCUCAUGAAACAAACAUGUUGGAAAGCAAUAAACAUGUUGACGAUUCCACUUUGAUUGAGACUUUGAAAGCUUCUUCAUCAAAGAGGAUGAUGGUUGAUUAUGAUAACCGAAAGAAGAUCAAGUUUAUACCUCCUGAUGAGCAAUCUGUGGUUGCUAAAAGGAUGGUUGAAUCGGGAUUUAACACUUCCUCCGCAGGUUUCACUGAAGACAGUGAAGGAUCGAUGUAUCUAAGCAGCAGUCUAGAUGACGAGUCAGAUGAUGCGAGGCCACAAGUUCCUGCAAGAACAAGAAAAGCUUUGGUCAAAAGAAAACGAAAUGCAGAAGCUUAUAAUUCACCUGAAAGAAAGCAAAGAAGAGACGUCAACAAGAAAAUGCGUACUUUGCAGGAUCUACUACCUAAUUCUCACGAGGAUGACAACGAAUCAAUGUUGGAUGAAGCAAUCAAUUAUAUGAAAAACCUUCAACUUCAAGUUCAGAUGAUGACGAUGGGUAACAGAUUUGUUACACCAUCAAUGAUGUUACCUUUGGGGCUGCAUUACUCUCAGAUGGAUCUAGCAAUGGGUAUGGGAAUGCAAAUGGGCGCACAACAGUUUCUGCCUGCACAUGUCCUAGGAGCUGGCUUGCCUGGGAUUAAUGAUUCAGCAGAUAUGCUAAGGUUUCUUAACCAUCCUGGACUAAUGCAAAUGCAAAACUCUGCACCUUUCACUCCAACGGAAGAUUGUUCCCCACAAUCUGUCCCUCCAUCGUGCGCGGCUUUCCCUAACCAAAUACCAAACCCCACCUCUUUGUCAAAUUUAGAUGGUGCAUCCUUACACAAGAAAUCAAGGAACAUUAACAGAUGAAGGAAUUCUCCCUGGUAAAAAUCUGGAAACCCGUGAGCAGAUGAAAUAAACAGUGAUGAUUGUUACCUGCUGAUUCACGGUCUUUUUCUUCUCAAGUAAGUAGAGAACACUAGAGGCUAGAGCCAUCGCAAGGUGGACCAUACAAAUCCACAAAAGCACUACAACAACAGAACAACUACGAUGGAAGUAUCUCCUCAAGGUUCUCUUUAUUAGUACCGGCUUUUCUAGUUCAUGUAACAUAUAGAUAUAGGAAAGGAGCUAUAAUAAUAACAAUAAUAAUCACGAGUACUAGUUUCCUUCGGUUGACAAAGACUUCAUGUUAGAAACAUUAAUAAAUUAUCGACCACUAUCGGAGUGAUCAAAAUCA